AUGUCAAAGGCAGUCUGUGUUUGGAUCUCUCUCAGUUUUUACGUUCACAACCUUCUCCACCCCGAAGUAUUAUGGGCACAGCGCAGCGACGAAAUCUACCUGACCAUAAAUUUGGUUGACGUCGAAGACGUUAAACUUGACGUUGCAAAGGAUAAGAUUAACUUUGAGGGUGUUGGCGGAACUGAACGAAACAAAUAUGGAUUUGAAUUGGAUUUAUACAAGGAGAUCAACCCUGACACUUCAAAACGACAUCAAACAGCUCGUCAAAUCGUUUUAGUUCUUGACAAAGCGGAACACGGUCAAGCAUACUGGCCUCGUUUGCAAAAGGACAAAGUAAAGCCCAGAUUCUUGAAGACCGAUUUUCAAAAGUGGAAGGAUGAAAAUGAUGAUGACGAGGAGGACAAUGCGAACCCGGUUGGAGGAAUGGACUUUUCUAGUCUGAUGGGCGGUGGUAUGGGUGGGUUGAGCGACGAUGAGAGCGAUGAGGAGAUGCCUGAUCUAGAAGCCGUCCCUAAAACUGACGAUUCUGCGGACAAAACUAGUAUGCAGGUAGAAGAGAUUAAGGAAGACGACAAAGAAGGGGACAAGGCAGAAGUUAAAACAAGCGACAGUACAUAA